GAUAUCCAUAUCCUCAAACGCGUAAUUCAAGAAUGAAAAGCACCACCGCCGGGGGGGGGUGCGUGCGCAAUCAACUCCUUCAGCUCUGCCAGCUCCCGCGCGGGCUCGAGGCGGCCGUGCAGGGGGCGAUCGAUGCGAGAUUGCGAAGUUAUAUGCCCUAUUCCCAUUUCGCCGUCGGGGCCGCCCUUUUGCACGCGGAUGGCGAAAUCACGACGGGGUGUAAUUACGAAAAUUGCACUUACCAGUCCUGCUGUGCGGAGCGCUGCGCGAUUGUGCGGGCAAACGUCGAGGGUCACCGCACCGCGAGGGCGAUCGCCAUCUACGGCGCUCCUUCUCUCCGGCCCCCCACCCCCGCGGAUACCGCCAAUUCGCCUUCAGAUAAUUAUUCCCAUUCUACGAUUCCCUCAACCUCGGCUUUAUCUGGGGAUGCGGCGGAGGGGUUUUGUAUGCCCUGCGGUCUAUGCAGGCAACUUCUCGUCGAGGUGGCCGAUCUCUCAGGGAAUCACGACAGUUUUGAGGUGGUGCUGGUCUCUCGGGAUCGUCAGCACGCGAAGGUGAUGCUCUUGGCGGAGUUGAUCCCGUAUAAAUUUGCCCCUUCCGAUAUGGGAAUGGAUAUCGCGCAGUUUCGGGAUAUUUAG